AGUUGGUUAGGAAAAACCAGUGCAAGAACUUCAAAAUAUACUGUCAUCUCCAAAUCACAAGUGAUGUUUACAAAACCAGAUAUGUGUUAUGUCCAAUUGUACAUUUCAACAAUUUCUUCUAACACAUGAUGACCCAACAGUUUUUAUAACAUGCCAGUCCAGUACCAUACGUGAAAGCAAAAGACACACCUGGUACGUCGAGUGAACCCUACGAAAAAUAGCGUCAACUAAACAGCAAUGGGAACGUCUAGAAGAGAUACUCUCUAACUUCUGAGGUGUGCUUCCAUGUGAACAUUGAUUCUGUGCAUUUUCAAAGCGAGCCUUAGGCGUUCCGCGUCAGUCGCACGUCAUCUGAAUGGCAGACGGACAAAUCAGUGCCCAACCUCAAGUACCUCAUCUACCGUGUCAUAGUAGCACUCCUAUUCCUAGUAACAUGUGGCUACUCAAUAAUCCUUGAGGGUUAUACUCGUGAUCGUUUCAUAUGUUUUACAUACUGGCUGAUCUAUUUAACACAUUGGGGUUAUCUUUUGAGCACGAUACAAGCAGUAAUUGCUGCCAUCAUGCUGUUAGCCAGUUAUGUAUCCACCAAAGCCGGGGAUAGAUGUUUGAAGAUGUAUCCAGUCUAUUGGUUAACAAAUACUAUAGCUACACCCAUAGCAUUCCUCAUCACUGCAUUGUUUUGGUGUGCUGUCUACGAACCUGAACUUUUUCCUAUUGACGUUAACCUCUACUUUGUCCACGCCAAUAACUCUCUCGUGAUGCUCAUUGACAGUUUUAUGGUGUCUCACCCGUUUAAAUGGGCACAUCUCAUUUAUCCGAUAUUAUUUGGAGGGAUAUAUGCCACGUUCACUGUUGUGUAUUACUUUGCAGGUGGAAAAACUGCCAAGGGGGAGCCAUAUAUCUACAAGGUCCUCGAUUGGAGUAAACCUUCCACAGCGUCAUUUAUAACCAUCGGAGCGUUUGGUCUAGUGCUAGUGACCUAUGCGCUGUCAUACCUCCUUUGUAAAACUAGAACGAAAAUACACAAUAAAUAUUGUGCUACUCAGGAAGAUAUGGAGUAAGAAAAAUCAGAAUAAACUUCAUAUACAUAUCUGUACAGAGACGCCAAUCAUGAGUCUGGACUUGGG